GGUAAAUCUACUCGCUCGGUACAAAGAAUCUUCACCAGAUCGGCGGUCUUGCGGGGCCCUAGCAAUUUGUUACUCCUCAAUUGACAUCAUAUAGUAAGUUUGUUAGCUUUGAUUAAAACUCAAGAAGUAUAUAUAUAGCUGUUGCUUGCCUUAAAGAGGCUCCAACUUUCUAUCACUCCCAACAUCUUGUGAAUCAUGACCAAGCAGCUUUUCCUCCUCGGUACGGGUUUUAUUGGUGGAACGCUCCUCAGUGAGCUCCUGCCAAAGCGCCCAGACCUUUCCAUCACAGCCCUCGUCCGAUCCGACGACAACGCCGCUCAGCUAAAAGCUCUUGGAGUUCAACCACUCAAAGGCCGGUUGGAAGAUGGAGAAAUUAUCGCGGAAGCUGCAAGCAAAGCUGAUAUCAUUGUCCAUGCUGCCACGGCUGACGAUCUUCCUUCCGUCCGCGCAGUUAUAAAAGGGAUUAAAGAACGUUCCAAUAAAUCUUCAAAAAUCAUCUACAUACACACCUCUGGCGCCGGCGUGAUUUCGAAGGAUGCUCGCAUCUCAAAAUGUGACUUGUUCACCGACCUUGACCCAGAAGGAAUUGACCAGCGUGUGUCGGACUCGGCACCCCAUCGAAACGUCGAUCUUUUCAUCCGGGAUGAGCUAGCAAACGCGCAUUCGGAGCGGGAGAACAACGCAAGUGUUGCUAUUCUUCUUCCGCCGAUUAUCUACGGAUUAGGUACUGGGCCAUUUAACAAAUUUUCUAUCUCAGUGCCAGCACUUUACCGAGCUACCAUCAAACAAGGCACGGGCAUCAGUGUUGGAGAGGGGAGCAACCAAUGUGAUGCGGUGCACGUCUGCGAUCUUGCGAAUGCAUAUUUGCGCAUUCUUGAAGAACUAGAAAAGACAGAGCCUGGUAGCAUUGGAGGGCCUUAUUGGUUUGCUGAAACAGAGCAAUUUGAUCUCUUCUCUUUGUCCCAGUGCGUUUCGACGGCUCUGCAGUCUUACGGCAAAUCAGAUGGAAAGGUUAUUAAAGCCUCUGACCACGAUCAAGAUCUCCUUAUCAAUGCUUUUGCUGAUUUUUUCCCGCCUGGGCUGGUGGACGCUGAUGUGGAAACCAAGGCUAAUGCUGCUGCAAUAUUGUGGGGUGCAUUUGGUAGUGAUGCUCGCUCUAGUGCAGACAGGCUUCGCGGACUCGGUUGGUGCCCAGCGCCAGGUCGACUUCCAAUUCUUGAAAGCGUAGAGAAGGAGGAAAUCCCAGAGCUUAUCAAACAGAAGUAAGCCAAACAUGUCAAAGGAUGCAUCAAUUUAGCAACCAAAUGUAUAUUAGUCUUCAGCUCUAAUAAAAUACAAUUAGCUGCUGUGAUAUCCAGAUCUAGCGCUGAGACUCCUAUGCUUCUGAUAAAUCAAUUACCCACUUCCCCA